AUGGACAACAUGAACUCGUUUGUGGAGUACUCCAUCUGUAACCGACCGGGGACCGGCGCUUACGCUGCGCCUAAACCUGCUUACAACCAUUAUCACCAUCACAAUCUGCAUCACCAUCCUCUGGAGCAGCAUCAGGCCUUCCCGGUGACCUCCUCCUUCCACGCAGGGCCCACCGGCUCUCCGGCUCCCGUUAAGGGGACGAGGGGUGACAGCGGCUCCGGGGGAGAGACUUACACCGGGGAUGCGCGGCUGUACGGGGCCUCUGGACCGCACGGGACCGCGGGGGCGACCCAGCAUCAUCAGCAGCAUCAUCAUCAUCAUCAUCAUGAGCAACAACAGCAUCAGCAGACGCACAACGGCUACCAUCAUCAACUUCUCCAGACCCAGAGCUUACAAAGUGGAACACUGUCGGCCUAUAAUAACGGGAAUACCGGGAACACCGGGGCCUAUGCGGGUCAGGCGUGCACCACAAACCCGGAUUAUUUGAACCCUCCCAACACCGUUCACCCCCAGUAUUUCAUUGAGGAGCCCGUGGCCUCCACCUACUAUCAUCAAUCAACCUUCCCCACAUCGGCCCCCACCGUCGGCCCCAGCUACGGGGCCUUGGCCGGGGCCUACUGCGGGCCCCAGGGCGCUCUGGCCGGGCCACAGUACCCGCAGCAGCUCGGCGGGGGCCUGGACGCAGCGGGCUACCUGGGGCUUCCACGGGGAGGUUACGGGGAGCUGCCGGUGUCCCAGGACCGAGAGAGGGGAGACGAGGAGGGCCAGCAGGCCGGGCAGGGUCAGACCUUCGACUGGAUGAAGGUGAAGAGGAACCCGCCGAAAACAGUCAAAGUGUCGGACUUCGGCCUCGCGGGCGCGCACAACAACGCCAUGCGCACCAACUUCAGCACGCGGCAGCUGACGGAGCUGGAGAAGGAGUUCCACUUCAGCAAGUACCUGACGCGAGCGCGGCGGGUGGAGAUCGCCGCCACGCUCGAGCUCAACGAGACGCAGGUGAAGAUCUGGUUCCAGAACCGGCGCAUGAAGCAGAAGAAGCGCGAGCGGGAGGGCGCCUCCGCCACCGCGCGCCCUUCAUCCUCCUCCUCCUCCUCCGGGGCCGACGGCGGCGGCUGCAACAAAGACCCGGAGGACACCGAUCACUCCUCCGCGUCCACGUCUCCGGGCGCGUCCUCGAGCUCUGAGACGUAG